ACACUGUCUACCCUAUUGCAUAACGUGGCGUUUUUCCAAAGCUACUAUGGUCCAGAUGAGUUAGUCAACUGAAGACAACGACUCCCACCACCACUGCAGCCUGCUUCAAAACUUUUACUGCACUCGUCUAAGUGGCGGAUUUCGAGUCUAAGAAAACAUGUCUGAAGUUGUGCACAUGAUAGACAGUGAGGUAUUCUUGGCCUUCUCUACAUAUGCCACCAUUGUCACCCUGAAGAUGAUGAUUAUGUCCCCUUUGACAAGUUACUUUCGCUUGACGAGAAAGGCCUAUGCUAAUAUGGAGGAUACCGCCCUUGACCUGUCUAACGAGGAUAAGAAGAAAAUGGUCAAGGUUGACCCUGAUGUGGAACGGGUUAGAAGGUGCCAUCAGAAUGACCUGGAGAACGUCAUUCCCUUCCUGGUGGUCGGCCUUCUCUAUGCCCUGACCGGCCCUCCGCUCAGCUCGGCGCUGCUGCACUUUCGGGUGUUCGUGGGCUCGCGCUUCUUCCACACGCUGGCCUACCUGGCCCCCCUGCCCCAGCCCUGCAGGGCUCUGGGCUUCGGGGUGGGCCUGCUGACCACCUUCUCCAUGGCUCACAGGGUCGUCACCACUGCACUCUACCUGUAGAGGAUGCCACUGUCACUUAUCAUCACCUGACUUCACUUCAAGUACUCACUCCAGUUGAAAAACAUUGCACGUCAUUUGUAAUAUUUCCAUUUUCAUAAUGCGACUUGACUGAUAUGAACCGACUAGAAUGUGACACUCAAGUAUUAUUGGUAUUAUGCAGUGUGUGGGAAAUCUUUGCAGUUAGUUAUGUGUUUAAACUACAAAUUUCCCACAUUUUCCACUGUCAUUUCAUUUCAGUUGAUUUAAUUCCAUUGUCUUUCAUGUCAUUUCAUUCAUCUGUGUCAUCUUUUUUUCAUUCAUCUGUUUUAUCAAGUGUGGCUGAUUGGUGGACUAAUUGUUGGCCCAUUUAAGUGGAAUGAUCUGUAGCACACCGAGAACACAUAAUUACCAUGAUGUUUUUUUUUAUAGAAUGCAUAUAGAAAAGGCGAAUAAAAGAAUCUUCAGUCUA